ACGCAGGAAGUGAAAUCAAAUCUUCCGCCAAAAGAAGUGUUCCAAAUUAUUAGUACAUCGAGAAAAAGACGCUAUCAAUAUAGUUAACUUAUUAAAUUGAUACAUACAUUUGUAUGUGUUAAAGUAAAUGCCAUCAUGUUGAUCAAAGUAAAGACUCUUACUGGAAAGGAAAUAGAAAUUGACAUAGAGCCUACAGAUAAGGUUGAAAGGAUCAAAGAGAGGGUGGAGGAAAAGGAAGGAAUUCCUCCCCAACAACAGAGGUUAAUCUAUAGCGGGAAACAAAUGAAUGAUGAAAAAACAGCUGCCGACUACAAGAUCCAGGGAGGAUCUGUAUUGCACUUAGUUUUGGCCCUGAGAGGAGGCCAUGUCUCCCACUGUCCCAGCUCUGCCCCGUUAUGUGUGUAAUCUUCCCCUGCUGAGGGUGUGCCAACCUUGAAGUUUCAGUCACUACUACUACCUGCUUAUGCCACAGGAGCACUAAGGAGUGCAUCUUAGAACUAAGAUGUGGCAGCAGCUGAUCUCCAAGCAAAUCCAUGGAUGUCCCGCAAUAGUGAAAUCUUUCGUUCCGAUUAUGUCGUGGUCACCACCUGAAGUUAUAUUUGAAAUGUGUGAAUGAUGGUUAUGUACAGUGUGAUAGAACUGGGGCUACUUGCCUGUGAAUAAAAAAACAAAACAGAAAAUGUCACGUAUAUUACAUCUUGAAGUGUAGGGCUGUCUAAUGUAAAAUUGCACUUAAUGUUACUGACAUGAUUAUUGAUACUGAAUACUGAAGGUGACCAAAGUUUACAAUAAACUUUAUUUAAAAAUGA